CCCUCUCAUCCCUCUCUUCUAUCCCAACCUUUCUCUUGCUCCUCUAAUUCCUUGUGAGAUUCUUGAACUUUGAUUGAACCUUUUGAGAUUGAGUUAAGUUCUCCUCCUACAGCUUACCCUCUAAUGCGUCGAAAGCCAUAGCGUCGCGAAUACUUCAUCAAUCAACGUGAUUCAAAUUGGGAACGGUAGCUGAGAUUAAGAGCUACAACAUAUCCAAGUUUCGCGACAUUCCAACGGCUAGUUUUUUGUCGACGUCGUUUCUUGUGAAGACGACUUUUCUGUCCAGAAUUUCGGAUUUAUAUUUUGAGUAAUUCUAGCUCCUAAGUUCACCUAGACUCCGUCCUUAAUCCUAACAAGUGGUAUCAGAGCGAUAUUAAGGACAUUGAGAGGAGUCUACAGAAGUUUGAAGACCCUUCUAGACCCACCAUGGCCUGUGGGUGUGCCUAAGUGGUGUUCUAAAGGUUGGAUGUGUCUUCCGCUAAGGGGAAACUCUGCCGAAAUUUCGUGGACGCCGACACUUGUGAAAAUAUCGAGGGAGCUGAGUGUGGACAGCAAAGGGGAGCUGAAAUUCGUCAUUUCUCAAGGAGAAGAUGAAUGAGAGAGGAGGAGAUGCUAAUGGAAGAGGAGCUGUAGCUGAGAAGGCAAGUGAGCCGCCGCCAUCAAAAGUUGAAGCUUUGGAUGGCUCCAACUAUGAGGAAUGGAGCGGACGGAUGAGGAGUGCCUUCAAACGCUACAAGCUCCUGAAGAUUGCUCUUGGGGAAGAGAAGAUGCCGGAAGAAGGCGAAGCACGUGAACGGUGGAUUGAGAAAAGCGCAGUGCUUUUCGACCUCAUCCUUCAAUCGGUCAACAAGGAGAUGUUCGAGCACAUCAAGGAUCUUGUGGAAGCGGAUGAUUCCGGUCCAAGGGCGUGGAAACUACUACGUGAUGUGAUUCAGCCCAACACUCUCCCAAUGGUGAUCGUGCUCGAGAAGGAACUUGCUGCCAUCUCCAUGCGACCAGGGGAUGAUGUGAAGCCGGUCCUUGACAAGAUCAAGGACACCUAUGCAAGGAUGGCAGCAGCGGGCAGCAGUGUAUCUCAGCUGCAGCACUGCACCAAGAUCAUCUCGGUGAUUGAUUCGGGUUGCACCAGUCACAUGACUCCACGGGCAGAUUUGCUUGAUGAGGUAAAACCCCCUGGGAAGAUUAAGUAUGUAGCAGCAGCGUCAGGUGCUUUGCUCCCCGUGAUUGGUGUUGGGAAUGCCAAGGUUAAGGGAGCUAAUGGGGAGCUUGUGGGGCUUGGGAAUGUUCUGCUGGUUAAAGGCUUGUCUGCUAACCUUCUCUCUGUGCGACGACUGCAGAAGAGCAAGGCCGAAGUGACCUUUGGACCAACCAGCUGCCAGGAGACCAGCUGCAUGAAGGACUUGUGGCAGCUGCCCAUCAUCCCUUGGAAUGGGAAGACUCCAACAGUAGCAGCGGCAAAGGCAACAGCAGGAGGAGAUGCAACUGCACCAACUGAUGGGGUCCUGGAAGCAUUCAAGAAAGAGCAGCAGACACAUGGUGAGGUGCUUGCUAGUGUGGAUGCGAGUGCGGCAUGGGCUAAGGCUUCAUCAAGGAGUGGAGAGGCCGAUUGGGAGACAUGGCAUGAGAGGCUGUGUCAUGUGAACUUCCCUAUGCUGCAAAAGUUGGUGAAGGAUGGGAGCCUGAAAGGAUUGGAGGUGAAAGGGGGAGUGAAGGAGAUUGGGAGCUGCCCUACAUGCUUGGAGACCAAGUUCUCCAAGUUCCCCUUCAACAGCACUACAGGACCAGCCAAGACCCCACUCGCACUUGUGCACAUGGAUGUGGUGGGGCCCACAAGAGCCCUUUCCCUCUCAGGCAGCCGCUAUUUCUUGACAAUUGUGGAUGACCACACUCGGGUAGUGUGGGUUUACCCUUUGAAGAGCAAGGGGGAGGUGGCAGCGGCUGUCCUUAAGGAGUGGAUGCCUAGAGCUCAGAGGGAAUGCGGACACAAGGUGAAGGUGAUCCACAAUGACAAUGGUGGGGAGUUCAUUGGAGCUGAUUUUGAGGGGGAGUUGAAGAGGAAGGGGAUCCAGCAUCAACUGACAGUGCCCUACAACCCGCAGCAGAAUGGCGUGGCUAAGAGGUUCAACAGGACCCUGCAGGAGGGGGCACGCACUCUCCUUGGGCGCGCGGGGCUGCCUGAUCCGUUUUGGGUGUCUGCACUGAGGCAGGUCGCCCUUGUGAAGAAUAGGGCGCUGGCUACAGUUGGGGAGAAGGAGUGGAUCCCAUAUACCAAGUGGUAUGGGAGUGCUCUAGCUGUGAACAUGCUGAGGGCAUUUGGGUGCAUGGUGGUGUUUCAUGUGCCUAAGGAGAAAAGGGGGAAGUUGGAGGCUUCUGGAAGAUGGGGUGUGCACUUGGGGAUUGCAAAGGAUCACAAGGGAUGGCUGCUAUGGGACUUGACCACCCAGAAGCUGACAGUGUCAAGGGAUGUGAAGUUUCUUGAGUCCCUGUACUACAAGGAAUGGAAGCAGCAGCAACAGAAGCUUCCAUCUACACCACUCAUUGUGGAGGCAGAUGAGGUGCAGCGGCCUCCAAGACAGGUGGAGGUUGCAGUGUCUGAAGAGGAGAUGUCUGGGGUGACUGAGGAAGGGGGAGCAGCUGAAGUGGAGCAGCAGCAGCAGCAGCAUGAAUCUCCACCUCGAGUUCCACACCCGCCUGAGCGACCUAGGAGGGAUGUGCGCCCUCCGGUGAGGCUGACCUAUGGGGGAAGAAGCAAGCCGAAUGUGGUGCAGGCUGGGAGUGUGGUUGAGCAGAUUGAGGAAGAUGAGAUCGCUCACUGCUACUGGGCACCAAUCCUCGAGCCCAAGACUCGAGAAGAGGCCUUGAAUGGACCAAAUGGGAAGAAGUGGAAGGCGAGUGAGGAUGAGGAGUUCGGGUCCCUGAUUGAGAACGAGACAUGGGACCUGUGUGACUUGCCUCCUCGGAAGAAGGCAAUCACUUCCAAGAUGAUCUACAGGCACAAGUAUGGACCUGAAGGGGAGCUGACCCGCUACAAGUCUAGGCUUGUGGCACGGGGGUUUCAGCAGACAAAGGGGAAGGACUAUGAUGAGGUGUUUGCUCCUGUGGGGAAAGGAACAACACUGAGGGUGCUGUUGGCGAUAGCUGCACUCCUGGGAUGGAAGAUACGGCAGAUGGACAUUGUGACUGCCUUUCUGAAUGGGAUCAUUCUGGAGGAGGUGUACAUGAAGCAGCCAGAGGGGCUGGAUGAUGGGAGCGGCAGGGUCUGCAGGCUGAAGAAGGCCAUCUAUGGCCUUAAGCAGGCGCCUCGUGCAUGGUAUCACAAGUUGGAGGAGGCGCUGUUGGCUGGGAGUUUCAAGAAGAGUGAGUGUGACCCCAGCCUGUUCCUGCUGCAGGAGAAGGAUGAAAUCCUCAUGCUCUUGGUGUACGUGGAUGAUAUCCUUCUCUUUUCUGCAUCAACUGCUUUGCUGGACAGCGCAGAGCAGAUGCUGGAGAUGCAGUUCAAGUGUUCCAAGAUGGGUGAGGUGAAGUACUACUUGGGGAUGCAUGUGGAGAGAGAUGUGGAGAAGGGUGUGCUGAGGUUGCAGCAGAGGAAGUACUGUGAGGGGCUGGCUGAGAAGUAUGGGCUGCAAGAUGGGGGAAAGCCAGCAACACCACUACCUUCGGGGUUCACUGUGGAGCCAUGUGCUGAUGAGGAGGUAGUGGGUGAUAGUGACAGGAAGCUGUUUCAUUCGAUGGUUGGGUCGUUGAACUAUGCUGCAAAUCAUACACGGCCUGACAUUGCAUUUGCUACAUCACGGUUGGCUAGUGUGGUCUCACGCCCUAGUCAUGAGCAGCUGGAAGCGGCCAAGAGGUUGGUCCGCUAUGUGAGCGCUACCGCAUCAGUGGGAUUGGAGUAUAGUGGAGUGAGGCAGCGGUUGCAGAGAGGUGCUGCAGAUGUGAAGAGUGGAGAGAUGCUCUUGAGUUGCUAUACUGACGCUAGCUUCAACUCAGUGAAAGCGGAUGGCACCAGCAUUAGGGGUUAUGUGUGCUUGCUAGGAGGUGGUGCUGUGAGCUGGCGCAGCAAGAAGCAGAAUGAGGUGGGAUUGUCCUCAUGUGAGACUGAGUACAUGGCCUUACACCAUGGGGCCAAGGAAGUGGUAUGGCUGAGGCGCUUGUUAGAGGAGUUGGGAGUUGGUCAGGAGGAGCCGACAGUUGUGUUCUGUGACAAUGAGUCUGCUGUGAAGCUCGCCAAGAAUGCUUGUCUGCAUGGGCUGACAAAACACAUAAGGCCUAAGUGGCACUGGGUGAGGAGACUCCUUGAUAAGGAGGUGCGGCUGGAGAUAGUGAAGACCCAUCAGCAGGCAGCAGAUAUUUUCACCAAGCGUCUGGCGGAGGCGGAUCAUUGGAAGGGCAUGAAGCUUGCUGGGAUGAGUGUGCAUUGAGUAUGCAUGCUUGAGAUGUUGGUAUGGUGGAUGAUGGUUGGCAGCCAGAGGGGGAGAUUGUUGUAUGAUGUCAUCAUAUGCUAUCACAUUCUGUCUGCCUCCCAUCCCAUAUUUUUUCAACUUGCAUGUGUGGUUUGAACGUGUGCAAGAAUUUGUGUGUGAUGUGUUCUGGAGUUUGGGAAUGUGUUUUGUGUUAUUUUUGUUUGAGCAGGUUUUUUGUGAUGAUAGAUCUUGAGAAGAUCUUUCCGACGCAACGAGAAUCCCUUCAAUCGGAGCAAGAACGCGAAAGCUAUGAAGAUUCAAAGUUCAUGAGCUUGCGUUACAAUUGCGGCGGUUACAAAGUAAAGUUGUGGGGUGACUCUAUAUGGAGUUGGGACCUUUGGGGGUUGGGGAAAUUUGUCACUCACUGUAACAGCUGCAAAUUGGUUGGGAACAACCAAGCUAGGUUGGCAAGGGUGGCCAACUUGGAUGGAUUGGUUGGGAAGGGACAAAUGUCAAAGUUGGGGUUCCUAUAGGGAGGGAAUCUUUGUGCUUAUGGGGUUUCCUUGGUUGGGGACUCUCUUGGGACCUUCCCUCUCAUCCCUCUCUUCUAUCCCAACCUUUCUCUUGCUCCUCUAAUUCCUUGUGAGAUUCUUGAACUUUGAUUGAACCUUUUGAGAUUGAGUUAAGUUCUCCUCCUACAGCUUACCCCCUAAUGCGUCGAAAGCCAUAGCGUCGCGAAUACUUCAUCAAUCAACGUGAUUCAAAUUG